AUGCUCCAUCAGUUUAAUCCUUUUGUAAUUAGGUUCAGACAACUGUCACAACUUCCAAAUAUUGGUGAAUGUAGCUUCAUACUUAAAGAGCGUCCAAGUAAUCUCCAUCAAUAUAAUCUUCCAACUACAGAACAAGUUGCGAAAAUUAUUGUUGGAGGAGAUUCAUAUUCUAUGGAAUAUGGAAGGGAUAUUAAUGUCAUUCGUCAUGAUGAAAAUCUAAAGAAAGUUCAAGAGACAAAGGGAUAUUAUGAUCUGUUGUAG